AGAUAACGUCGCAUAUAUCUGAUUUGGUGGGGCGCGAGCUCAUCCCAUCGCACUCAUGUGCACUCUUGAAAACCUCUUCAAAAUCAAAAUUAUUCACACACAACUCAAGUCAUCACAGCAUAAUGAGAGUCAAGAAGCCUACCUCCAAGAGGACUACCACCCGUAUGAGGGAAGGUAUCAAGAAGAAAUCCCUUGCCCACCAAAGAAAAACCAGAAAGUUGGCCAAGAAGGAUGUCACUUGGAAGUCCAGAAACAAGAAGGAUCCUGGUAUCCCAGCCAGUUUCCCUUACAAGGAAAAGAUUAUCCACGAAUUGGAAGAGGGACGUCGUGUGGACAAGGAGAAGAGGGAAGAGCAACGUUUGAUCCGUCAAAGGGAGAAAGAAGCCGCCAUAGCACGUGGUGAAGAAGUAGAAGACCUCAUGGAUCAAGAUGAAGAAGAAGGUGAAGGUGGAAUGGCUGCUUUGUUACAGUCCGCACAGAGAGCUGCCAAGGACUUUGACGGUGAGGCCGAUGACGAUGACAUGGUAGACUCUGACGACGAAGUCGUUGAGUACGAACUUAGUGAAGAUGAAGAGGACCAAGGCAAAUCUGAGUUAGACAAAUCCCGUAGGGCUUACGACAAGAUCUUCAAGACUGUUGUCGAUUCUGCAGAUGUCAUUUUAUACGUUUUGGACGCCAGAGACCCAGAAGCUACCAGAUCCAGAAAGGUCGAACAAGCUGUUUUGCAAAACCCUGGAAAGAGAUUGAUUUUACUUUUGAACAAGGUCGAUUUGAUCCCAACUAAUGCUUUGAACCAAUGGCUUGAUUUCUUAAAGUCUUCCUUCCCAACAAUUCCAAUCAAAGCAUCUCCAGGAUCUGCUAAUUCUACCUCUUUCAACAAGAACUUGACUUCUGCUAUCACCGCAUCUUCAUUAUUGCAAGCAUUGAAGAGUUACGCAGCUAAGUCCAACCUUAAAAGAUCUAUAAUUGUUGGUGUUAUCGGAUAUCCUAAUGUUGGUAAGUCUUCCAUUAUAAAUGCCUUGACUAACAGACACGGAAACAGCUCAAAGGCUUGUCCUGUGGGUAACCAAGCUGGUGUCACCACUUCUAUGAGAGAAGUCAAGAUUGACAACAAGUUGAAGAUCUUGGAUUCCCCAGGUAUAGUCUUCCCUGACGAAGUUGUCAACUCCAAGAAGGUAUCAAAGGUCCAACAGGAAGCUAAAUUGGCAUUAUUAUCAGCAUUACCACCUAAGCAAAUCAUAGACCCACUUCCAGCCGUGAAGAUGCUCUUGAAGAAAUUAUCUAAGGACACCGAAAUGGCAGAUGGCUUGAAGGAGUACUACCAAUUACCUCCAGUUCCAUCUACUGACCUUGAUGAAUUCAGUAAGCAUUUCUUGAUCCACGUUGCCAGAACCAGAGGAAGAUUAGGCAGACAUGGUAUUCCAAACUUGGAGUCUGCUGCUAUGGCCGUUUUGAACGACUGGAGAGACGGUAGAAUCAUCGGUUGGACUUUACCAAAGGCAUCCAAGGCUACUGCUGAAAGUGCUGAGGAUUUGGAUGCACCAAAGAGCUCCAUGAGAGGUGAAAAGGAGCCACCAAAGGUCGAGCAGACUACUGUUGUCACCGAAUGGGCAAAGGAAUUUGACUUAGAUGCUUUGUUCGCCACUAUUGGAAACUAAUCGAGCGAUGAGUGUUACCAAUACUAGUAGCUCAGAGCUGAUGUAUAGUAAUAAAGAUUAACUGAAGGAACC